GUCUGGACAAAGCGGCGACGGAGAAAAUGAGUCGCCGCAAUCGGUCUCUUCUCGUUUUACAAAUGGCUAUAAUAUAAGAAAAAUAUAAAGUGAAUACAACGGUCUUAUGUCCAGUGAACUCCUAAACAUGGCAACUGAGGAGGAGAGGGGCGUAGUGCGUGUCAAAGUCAAGAAGUGUGAGGGGAUGCUGCCAGUGGAGUUCCGCUCGUUUGCUGUGGAUCCUCAGAUAACGUCACUAGAGGUGCUACAGCACAUCCUCAUCCGAGCUUUCGAGUUAAAUGGCAAACGCAACUUUGGGAUAAGUUACCUCUCCCGGGACCGUGGAGGUGUGGAAGUGUAUCUCUCUCUCCUUUCUGACUGGGAUUUAGAUGCUGCUUUUGUCAGUGCUGCUAAACCUUAUCUACAGCUCAAGAUGGACAUUCAUCUCUCCGAAGACAGUCCCGUUAUGGAAGAAUGGGACAUAAUAAGCCCCAAAGAUGUGAUUGGUUCUGACCAGCUUCCUGGGGAUAGGAGGUCCUUGGCGGCUGCCGCCCUUCCCUUCACCCAGUCCCUGCUGUCCCAGAUGAUGGGUCGAACGCUGUCCAGAGUACAGCAGGCCUUGAGCUGGUCGUACGGGGAGGAGGUGAAGCCUUUCAAGCCCCCUCUGAGUGAUGCCGAGUUCCACAGUUACCUCAAUGGCCAGGGCCAGCUGUCCCGGCCAGAGGAACUGAGGCUGCGCAUCUAUCAUGGUGGGGUGGAGCCCUCUCUACGCAAGGUUGUCUGGCGAUACCUCCUGAACGUGUACCCCGAUGGGCUGACCGGUCAGGAGAGAAUGGACUACAUGAAGAGCAAGACUAGGGAGUAUGACCAGCUGAAGGGGGAGUGGUCAGCAAGGGCCAGUCCAGAGGACCUGGAGUUCAUCAGGGGCAACGUACUGAAGGACGUCCUGAGGACCGACCGGGCCCAUCCCUAUUACGCCGGCUCAGAGGACAGCCCCCACCUCACUGCUCUCACCGACCUGCUUACCACCUUUGCCAUUACACAUCCACAGGUGUCGUACUGCCAAGGCAUGAGUGAUAUUGCUUCUCCGAUACUUGCCGUCAUGGACAAUGAGGCACAUGCAUUCAUCUGUUUCUGUGGCAUCAUGAAACGCCUAGAGGGCAACUUCUGCCCGGAUGGCCAAUUCAUGUCCGUCAAGUUCCAGCAUCUGAAGCUGCUACUGCAGUACUCCGACCCCGAGUUCUACUGUUAUUUGGUGUCCCGCGGAGCUGAUGACCUGUUCUUCUGUUACCGCUGGCUGCUCUUGGAACUCAAACGGGAGUUUGCCUUCGACGAUGCCCUGAGGAUGCUGGAGGUCACCUGGAGCUCCCUGCCCCCUGACCCUCCUGAAACAGAAGUGGAGCUUCUUGGGCCGCCGCUAGAAACAGACCAGACCAUAGUGACAUGUGAGAGUGGUGUUGAAAAGAGGCCCGCCAUUACAGGGGAUGCUGGUGAAGAAGGGGAGCAGAAAGAGAAGCAGCGGAGACGACACAUGUUGAGGCCCUCAAGAGAGGAGGCAGAUGGGGGGAGAAGGAUCAAAAUGGAGGAAGGAAAGAGGGAGGACAGAGGAGCCAGAAGAGAGGGUGAGGGGAACUUUGACAUGCCUUACGUAGGAAAGGAGCAGGCGCACAACAAUGUGCCUGUUCCUUCCUUCGAGAAGCAGACCAGUUUUGAUGAGUUCAAAUACUACAGUGCACGGAACAAGGACAGCUUAGAUUUCGAGGAGAGAGCCCCACCAGAGGGUCCUGUUGAGAUGGAAGCCUCCUCGCACCCAGGGGAGAGAGCGCAUCUUAUAACGGACGUUGACAAGUCCUCCAACCCAGAUACAGAGGAGAGGAGCUCCCCAAAUGGACAAAUAGCCUCUCCGGCCUCCUCGUUUCCCCCUGGCCUGCCAAGCUGGAAGAAUGGUUCCUCUCUGUCUCCAGGGUCCACUCCCUCCCCCUCGAGUUGGAGAGGUGCCUCCCCAGACACCCCGUCACCAAAGUUCACCUCUCCCAUUUUACCCAACGGAAGGGUUGAGUCGCCAGAGAAAGCCACAAGAGGGUUUGCUUCCUUUGCCUCGGUGCCGAAUGGAACCGGAGCCAACUCACCCGCUACCCCCACAGGGAGGUCCUUGGUUUCCUCUCCGCUGUUGUCUCGAGCGUUGCUCUCCUCGCCUAUUUUGUCCUUCGGGAGAGCUCUUCCUUCGCUGCCCGUCGGAACGGUGAACAAGUCCUUUUCUAGUAACCUCCAAUCUCCUUGCAGCAGAGCCUCCAGCACCGCGCCCCACACUCCAAAUUCAACCAAACCAGAGAAUACCACCAUCAAACCUUGUUCCCUGCCACCUCCUCAAGAGUUUGGCAAAGGAAAUCCUUUCAUGUUGUUCCUGUGCCUGUCGAUCCUGCUGGAGCAUCGAGACCACAUUAUAAAGAACAGCUUUGAUUACAACGAGCUGGCUAUGCACUUUGACCGCCUUGUUCGUAGACACAAUCUGGGCAGGGUGCUGCAGCGCGCCAAGGCCUUGUUUGCGGACUACCUGCAGAGUGAGGUAUGGGAUUCGGAGGAAGGGGACGAGGUCAGCUCUGAUUCGCCCACCACAGUCACUGCUGCUCUGCACUCCCCGCCCCCCUCGGCCACCAGGCCUCUUUUUACCCCUUUGUCAUCCCCACAACCAUCCUCCCCAAACUCCACCUAUAACCUGGCUGACACCAUACCUUCCCCUUCUUCACCUCUCCCUCUCUCCUUCUUGACUUCUGUCACUAUAUCCCCAACACACUACAAUGACUAAUGGUGGCCUACUCUAGCUGUUUGUCCCAUUAUCGUUGCUCAUCUCAUUUAGUUCUCCACCCAUACCAGACUUGACUGGAAGGUUACUACUGAUAGUUUUCCCUGUGUAUGCUGUCAAUAUUGCUCUUCUCUCCAUUUCCUCUAAUCAACAAAUCCUCAUGCUUACUCUUGCCUUGCUAUGCACGCUUCCAUCAAGUUUUCACUGUUUCACAAUGUUCUAUUUUUGCCUUCUCUUUUAGUUACAGGGAUAAUAAAAUGUUUCAAACACCUUUUUAACUUCAUAUUAGGGCCCAGGGCUGGACACGUUUAUCGCGUGUUGCCCACAGAACCUUAUAUUGGAUAAGCCACAACUGUGUCUUCUUGACCAAAGCGCUGUAGUUGUGUGAUCACACUGCUAAGAACCAACACUGCCACGUUGCUAGUCUUGACUGCGCUAACGGCAGUGUGUGUGGUUACUGGUUGAAGCCCUGCCCCUUUAUUCCCUGACUUGGCUACAGUUGGAGGGAGCGGUGGGCACUGGCCAUUGGAACUAUAGAAAAAUAUGAACAACAUGUAUAUGAAUGAGUCUUGUGAUUCCCUUAAAUGCCCUCUUCUUGAGAAUAUGUAAAAUAUGCCUGUAUUUGACCGCACACAUCCCAUCAUAGUGAUUAUGAGGACAUAACAACUGAGUUUUGUAAAUGUUAUAUUCAUGAGUCAUAAUUGCAUAUUUAUAAUUGCAUUGUGUUGAUCACCUCGGUUAUCUUUACCUUUUCUAUCAAAAUAAUUUCAGUACUGUAUAUUAUUUUGUGUUGCAAGGUCACAUUUUAAGUAUCAAGGUGAGAUGAAGUUCUUUCCAAAUAAACUAUGAAGUAUG